ACCCGAGGUCACGAACCACUAUAUAACUUCCGCUGGAGUGAAAACAACACACCACAGAGCGUGCGAGUGUACAGUUAGCGUAAUUCAAUUCCUAUGUUUAUGAAUCGUCUUUAGGUUCUGUGGUAAAAGAUGCCAGGUAAUUGCGAAGCAGUAGGUUGCACAAACCACACACUUAUGUUGGAAAAUAAACCAUCAUUCCAUCGAUUUCCCAAAGAUUCAGAAAGGAGAAAAAAAUGGACAAAUGCACUUAAGAAACUGAAUCGCGAUGGUACAGAAUGGACGCCGUCAAGCACAGCUAGAAUAUGUGGCGAACACUUUAUUAAUGGUAAACCCAAUCACAAUGACCCAACACAUCCAGACUAUGUACCCUCUGUGUUUAAACACACACUAAGUACAGUUAACAAACAAAAAAAGAUGAGCAGAUACAACAGUGCAGUUAAAAGGCGUCGCCUGUGUUAUCCACCAACUAACAAUUCCUGUUUCUUAUACACAUCUAGAUGUGUAUAA